AUGGCGCGCGCCGUGGUCGAGCUUUUCCGCCCGGGAAAGCGCGACAACGAGCUCCACCGUCAGAUCAUUACCUUCUCGGCCUCUCACGACUACCGGACGGUUCGGAUCUACGGCUACUACCCGGUGAUCGUAGAGAAGAAGGAUAUGCAAUACUACCGUCACCCGAUCCAUGAGUUCAACUUCACGGCAUCGGAAGGCAACGAGAACUGGACGGCGUAUCGGUUUACCAAAGAUAUCUAUGACCUCUGGAUGCCAGCGCAUCUUUAG